CUAUAGGUAUUUUCGUAUCAUGAUUAAUCGAUGCAGAAACAUCAUCGUUAAAACAAUGAUUUCAGCGAGAUCAUGGGCCUAUAUUACGCGGCGGAAGUAUAAAUUCAAACAGAACACAAGCGCUGCCCGAUGAGAUUGGCGGUUGCGAAUCAGUUGCUUAUUGAAUCACAAAAGUAAUAAACGUACUUAUAAGUUGCGGUUUUCAUCGCUAUUGUUAAAUGAUCAGUAACUAAUUACAAAUUAUCAUUAAGUUAUCAGGUAGCGAACAACAACGGGGUUACAAAUCAACGAUAGCACCACGUGGAAAUAAAAACCACUCAUAAUGAUGCUGAAUGAAUAUCUCGUUAAAUCAGCGAAAAAUCCGAAAAUCGAUGAAACGAAAACCAACACUCAGGGUCAGAGUCACAGCCAGAGUCUAAGCGAGCAGCAAACUCCUUUGGACCGAUUUACAGAGACUCGGAGCUCUCAAUCACAAAACCAGAUUCUUGUUCCUCGAAAUUGGGUUCAAUUGACGGAUGUGAAAGAUGAACUCGCAGAAACCGAUCGACAAAUUAAAACACUCAAACGAAGAAUUCACGAUGAGGAGAAAAGUAACGAAGUAAUGGUAAAAAUCAUCAACCAAAAUAAUAAAGGAGAAAUUGAAAUGACCGAACGAAAAAAAUCGUCCCAAGAACUGAUGUCCACCAUCAAAGAAAAAAUGAAUGUACUACCAAAUAGACUUGAAGGUUCCAAAAAGAGUAAAACCAGUCUAUCACAGUCAUAUGAUAGCUUGUGUUUAGAACAAAAUGAAAUAAAAUGUUUAGUCAUGACAUUUAAAAACAAAGUUUUAUAUGAAAAAAAAGAACUGCAGAAGGAACUGAGAGCGAAAUACGAUGAAAGCUUGAUUAUCCAAACAAAAUGUCACGAAGUUGAGAAGAAAGUAAUGGAAAUGAAUGAGUUGGUGUGCAACAAAAUUCGUACAUAUGAAGAGCUCAGUCAAAUGAUUGAGAAUAAUCAACAACAGUGCAACGAGCAUAUAAUACAAAUUACAGAAGUCAUAAAAAAUACUGAGACGAACUUAAAAGUGAAAGAAGAAGCGAAAUAUAAAUUGGCAGUUGAAAAUAAUCGACUUUCAAAAAUUUUCGACGACCUUAAGUGCAAAUUCGAAGAGGAACAGCAUAAUUUCACAAAAUAUGAGAAGCAAGUGGAAUAUUUGAAACCAAAGGCACUGAAUCUUAAGGAAAAAGUGUGUGAUCUCAAUAAGGAGAUUUACAAUAUAAAAAAUACAAAGCUUGCCGUUAAAUCAAACAAAGAUUUAGAAUUAGCUAAAUACAGGAAGCAGCUACAGGAUCUGAAACUGAUAGACUCAGAGCAAAUGAAUAAACUAAAAGCAGCCAUCUGUGAUAAUAGGAAAUUAUCAGAUACCAUAGCAAAAACAGAUGAGGACACAGAACAAUUGAAAAACACAAUAGAAAGCAAAGAUACUCAGAUCAAACAGAUCAACACAAAGUUGAACGGUGUGUUGGAGAAAAAUAAGGAAAUUUACAUGAAUAUUGAGAGGCUGAAUGAGGCAUUAAUAACCCAAGGAAAACAAGUUACACAGAAUAAAAGUACUUCUGAGGUUUACACAACCAACAAAGACAAAUACGAUAAAUCAGAAGCUGAACUCAAAGCAAAACUAGAAAUAGUUCAACAGAAUCUAAACGAUAAAUGCGAUGAAAAAGCUAAGCUUCUGGAGAGGACGAUUAAUAAAGAAAAUGAUUUCUCUAAACAAAUAAAGCAAUUCGAAAGAGAUUUCAAACAAAAGGAUGAGCAGAUUAAAGGUUUACAAAAAGCUGCAGAGAAUUUGCAACUGGACAUAGAACAGGAUCAAUUAGAGUAUGACAGAGAAAUACAGCGUGCAACGCAUAUGUCAAAGCAAUGUCAAUUACUGGGACAUGAUAGGGAAAUCAAAGAAAAUAAUAUGCAAAUUGGUGCUCUUAAACGUGAGCUAGUAGCUGCAAAGGCUAAACGUGAACAAAUGAGUCAGAAGAAUACUGCUGAUUGCAAGGAGAAUCAAAAACAGGAAACUAAAGCAAAACGAAUAAGAUGUGCAUAUGAUGAUCUCGAUAAACAAUAUGCUACUAUUCAACUAGAGAAUGAAGAGCUUCAAAACAAAUCAAGAGAAGCUAAAAGGUCAAGCAAUGUUAUACCUACACAAGGAGCCAAUGAAUUAAAGAACACCGAUACAUUUGUGGAAUCACCUUCUGAAAAAUUUCUGACAAAACAAAUUACAACUCCAAAGCCAAUAUUGAAAUCAGCUGUGAAAGCUAGUCCACUAAAAAUGCAGAAGGUACAGUUCGACAUCGGACCCACCUCACAAAUAAAAAGCAUUAAUCCACUGGAUAUUUUUGAAGAAGCCGAACGUCGCUAUAUCCAGGCAGUAGGAUCAAACAAACCAAACUUUGCAAGCAUACUAAGUAUUUCACAAGAGUCAGUGACACCAGCACCAGUCAUUGAUAUGCCACCUAAAGAACAAACUCGCAAAUUUUUCAAGCGUUCUAGAGCGGAGCAAAAGAAAGUUGUCUCUACAUCCAAUACACCCGAUCCCUACGAAAUGCCUUAAAUUCAUACUGUAUAUAUUCAUGUAUCAUUUUUACUAUAAUUAACAUGAAACAAUUUUACUUAAUGAAGACGAAGAAUAUUUAACAAUAAUCGGAAUCAAAUAAAUCGAGAAUAAUUAGA